GAGGCUAGACUGCGGCAGCUCCAGGAUGCCGCGGACGACAUUCCGCAGCUCCUAGCGCCGCAUCUCGGCAGCUGGCAGGCAGAGCCUCGCUUGGCCACCUAUUUCCUUAGCCGGCUGCACUCCGAUGCCGCGGGAAGCCUGAUCAGCGCCAUGCUUGUUGGGAAG